AUGUUACUUUGGAAGGUUUUAAUCACUUGUGUAAUCGUGAUAGGUAUAAAAGAUGUUAAUGCAAGUUUUGACAUCGAUAGUUCCAGUAGUACAGAGCCGGCGAUAUUGCUGACAGAUGGGCUGAAAAUAAUUCGCGUGGAUAUUGAAAAUAAUAAUACAUUCAGUGAUCUAACCAACAACUCUGCUACAUCAGGAAUCGAUUAUCACUAUCGUAAAAAUCUGCUUGUCUGGUCUAAAAGUAAUGAUACUGAAAAUAAUAAGAUAUAUCUCCAAUCCUUGAACACAUCCGUUAUAAUUCGCACAAUUGCUGUAAAUGGGUCCUGGAUGCCUACGGCCGUAGCCGUGGAUUGGGUGGGAGAUAACAUCUAUGUAGCCGAUGAGAUCGGAAAGAAGGUCGACGUCUUUGACUUUGAUGGCAAGUGGCACGCAGUAUUAUUGGCAUCGAACCUGUCCAGGCCUUCUGAUAUCGCCCUGGACCCGACCGCUGGAGUCAUGUUUGUGGCAGACACUGACCAGGUUGUACGCGCAAACAUGGAUGGUACUCACUCGGAGACAAUUAUUUCUCGGGCUACUUAUACUGACAAUCCCUUUUCUGUGGCCGUAGACAUUGAGGCAAAAAGAAUAUACUUUGCCCCCGCUCUAUUAUCGUACAUCGAUAGCUCUGAUUACAACGGGAACCACAGAACUACUAUUUUACCAAGCGACUCGUUAAUAGCUCCAGUGAGAUUGGCCGUAUUUAAAAAUACACUAUUUUGGACAGAUGAUUUUCGACACAAAGCUUUUUCCUUCAACAAUGACUUACAGUCUAAUAUGAGCGAGAUUUAUGCAGGAGAAGUUACACCAGAGGUUAAAUACUUCAAAGCGUUGUCUAUCGUACAUCCAGAACGACAAGUUCCAAUAGAAAACCCUUGUGGAAGUGACAACGGCGGUUGUGAGCAACUGUGCAUUGUUACCGCGAUAAAUGAACAGUUAGGCUUUCGAUGUGCUUGUCAAGUUGGCUUUACCUUGAAUAGAGAUUUUAAAAGCUGUGAUCUUAUCGAUGAGUUUCUUAUCUACUCUCAACACUCAACAGUACAAGGCGUAGGUCUGGACCCGGCGGUGGAAAACUACAACAACAUAAUCAUGAUAGAUGUAGCACCCAGUAUGAUAUUUAUAAGCUUAGAUUUCGACUACGAAGAAGAACAGAUAUACUACACAGAAAUACUCGACAACCGCAUAUACAGGAUAAACAAGAACGGGACAAACAAAGAAAUGUUGCUCUCGGCGUCGGAACAGAUAGGUGAAGUGAAGCUCGAACAUUUGGCCCUCGAUUGGAUUUCGAAAAACUUAUAUUUCGUUCAAUCACGAAGGGGGACGAUUGAUGUUUUAAAUGUUAAAAACGUUACACACACGAAGACAUUAUUGCGAGAUUUGAAUAAGCCACGUGCUGUGGCAGUCCAUCCGAAUAGAGGUUACAUCUUCUUCUCUGAAUGGGGAAGACAACCUGGUAUAAGCAGAGCGAAAACGAAUGGUAAAGAUGUGCUCAAAUUUGAGAACGUAACUGUGGGCUGGCCGAAUGGUUUGGCUGUAGAUUACGAGGAAGAUCGCAUUUAUUGGUGCGACGCUCAACUGCACCAAGUUCAGCACGCAAACUUGGAUGGCCAAGGUAUCGUGACUAUAACCUCAAAGUUUAUAAAACAUCCAUUUUCGAUAGUGAUCCACAAAGAGUUCAUGUACUUGACUGACUGGAAGAGUAACGGUCUAUAUCGUUACAACAAAAAUGGCGGAGACGAACAUCUCAUGGUGGAAAGGCACCCGUCGAAAGGAUUGUACGGAGUAAAAGUGUAUAGUAAAGAUGCGCAAAGAGCAGAAGAUGAUCCAUGUGCGAAGCAAGGAUGUUCCGAAUUUUGUUUUGCUAUUUCUCAGGAAGGAUCUAACGUGUUGAUUGGGAGGUGUGAAUGUAGUGAAGGUAGGGUGUUGGCGUCGGAUGGAAUCAGUUGUUUAUCACCGUAG